AUGAUUGUCCCAGCGAAGGUUUCAAUCGUCCAUCCGGAGAAGCCCAAAUCCAAGCCCAUUGGACCGGCGAAAUGCGCGUUAAAUUUUGAUACAAAGCAAAAACGAGGCAAGUUGUUGGUGAUGAAGAUUCGAUGUGCCACUAACCAACGGUUGGAAUGCAUAAACGAGGUUGGUGGUUUGAUUUUGCAGUGUUUUCGGAGUUUAGAAGGUUUGAUGGUUGAUGGUCAUGAAUAAUAUCGGAAUUUUGAGGCGUUUAGCGGAAAUUGAUGUGUGAACUUUUGUGUGAAGUUUUAAGCUAAUUUUUAUGGUCACACGAUUGCCAUUUUAGUUUAUAUUAUCCAUCCUUUCAGAUUACUGAAGGAAAUUGCUCUCUGAUCAACCCCAAAGACCCCAGUAAGCUCACAUUCUCAUUUCUACGACCACUGCAGCACGUUUUACUCUCUACACUCACUGCAAUAAACAAGGAGAACAUUCUCUUUGUUGUCGACCACUUUCUUCAUUCCAAACACAACUCCCAAGAAGACUUGCUAAAAAUAAAACGUUUGUUUUGCAAUGCCCACAACCCAACCACCGUGGCCAAGGUGCUGGCUUCCGACGGCCCAAAGAAGCUGGAACUUCGAGGUGAAGCCGCUAAAGCGGAUUCGAAGCAGCGAAAAUCCUAUCCAAAGUCCAUUGAGAACCUUGUAAUUGAGGGUGAAAUUCCGUUGGAUCUUCGGCCAUUUGCAUUGAAAAAUCUGACCACGUUGAGGCUGAAGGUUGCGAUGAGCGCGGAGACGAGCAAAGACAUGUUGUAUCUGAUGAAUUUGUCCAGAUUGACGAAGUUGGAAGAGCUGGAUUUAUCCGACAAUGGACUUACAGAUCUGCCGGUAAGAAUUUUUGUUUUUUCUUGAAUUUUUAGGAAAGAUUGGACUUCACAUGUGAGCUUGGUCUUUACGGAUUAAAUGUGAAUUUAUUUAUAGGACAAGGUCUACAGAUCCUUCCCAAAAUCUCUGCGAGUUUUGAACCUAUCAAAGAAUUCGCUGAAAACGCUCCCAGAAAGCUUGGAUCACCUCACAGAGAUCAUAAAACUUGAUGUUAGCCACAAUGAGAUCAAGAAAAUUGGCGAAACGGUAAUAUUUCACACUUUUGUUUGCCUUUUAGGACUUUCGGACAUAGUUUUGGAGUGACAAUCAGGUUUUUCGUUUUCAGUUUUAUAAAUGGACAAAGCUUCGAGACUUGAGACUGGACCACAAUCAAAUCUCGUUCAUCCCGAAGACGCUUGUCGAGAGGAAAAGAUUUGAGGUGAUAACGGUCUAUGAAAACAAUAUCAUGCCUCGUGGAUCGGGAAUUGUCAAGAUACCCAUGGAUGAUGUGUAUCAACUGCAAGUCUUUUCCAUCAUCAAGUUGAUGAAUAUGGGGUGAGUUUGGUGACUUGAGGUGUAAAAUAUUCGGAAAAGGAGUUGAAAAAAAACUUCUAAUUUAAAAAUAAUUUAAUGAAACGACAAGAAAUAAGGCUGAUAUUUUAUAAAACUUAUCCGAGGUUUUUGAACCCGCGGUUUGCAGAAUCGAUCGAGAUUUUUAGGUCCAAAGUAGCCGAAAAAUCAAAAAAAUUUUUUGGGACUUUUGGGUUGAGAAUUUGGCAUUCUGUUUGAAGUGUGAGAGCACAACUUUUUACAAAGAAUCAUUUUUUUCUAUGCGAAUUGCAAAGUAGCAUGUCCGAAAAACAAAUUUAUUCUGUCUAUCUCUCCUCAUUUUCCACAGUUUCUCGCUUGCAAAUUUUGUUCAAUAUCUUUUGGGGUAUUCCAAAAGAUAUUGAACAAAAAGCGACCGAGAAAGUGGAAAAUGAGGGGAGAUGGACAGAAAAAACUUGUUUUUUCGGACAUAUUACUUUGCAAUUUGCUCGGAAAAAUUGAUUCUUUGUAAAAAGUUGUUCUUUGACACUUCAAACAGAACGCCAAAUUCUCAAGCCAAAAGUCCAAAAAAUUUUUUGAUUUUUCGACUACUUUCGACCUAAAAAUCUCGAUUGAUUCUGCAAAACGCGAGUUAAAAUCUGGGAUAUGUUUUGUAAAAUAUUGGUCUAGUUUUUUCUUACUUUUCAUCACUGCUCCGGCUUGAAAAUUUGAAAAUUCAAUUUUCAGCCUCAAACCCGAGCAGAUCUUCCCACCGGCCUGGAAUGUCAAAUUUUUCGCCCACACCUGCUUCAGCUGCCACAAAUACAUCUUUGAAGGCCUUUACCUAGAGAAUUACAUUGAUAUCGCCACCAUUUCGCAGUCCGUUAUUACUGGCGGAGGCUAUCAUGGACAUCAUUUGUGGGCCUACGGGUAUUGUUGUAACUCUUGCUAUCGAGGACCGGCUGAAAACCAAAAAUCUGACAGGUAUCUUUUCUGA